AUGCUUACAACACCGGGGGCUGCAGCUGCUCCUCCCUCUGCUGCAGGGGGGGCCCCAUGGGGUCCCUCUGCAGCAGCAGGGGGCCCCUUAGGUCGUGUCUAUGGGUCCCGUAAUGUAUUAUAUGUACGUAAUCUUUCCCCUCUUGUUACGGAGGAACAUUUACGGGCAAUUUUCUCUCAUUGUGCGCAGCUGCUGCGUGUUGAAUUUAAACCUUUACCCUCUGCAGCAGCAGCAGCAGGAGGUGCAGCAGCAGCAGCAGGACGUUAUUGUGAAUUAGAGUUUGCUGAUAGUGCAGGCAUUACUGCAGCGUCACAACUAAAUGGUACAGAGCUGCUAGGUCUACCUAUGCAGGUAUCUGUAUUAAACCCUGGGGGCCCCUCUGCUGCUGCAGGGGGCCCCGGAGGUGGGGGCCCCACAGAGAAUCUUAUGCGUAUUGUUACCCCAUUGCCGAACCCUGUUGCUGCAGCAGCAGCAGCAGCAGCACCAGUUGUGCUUCCUCCUCCUGUUCAACCUAUAGGAGGUAUGGCAGCAGCAGCAGCAGCAGCGGCAGCAGCAGCAGCAGCUGGUGGUGCUGCACCUCUUUUAGCAGCAGCACCUGCAGCACUUGGUCUAGCAGCAGCAAAUCCAGCAUUAGCUGCAGCAGCAGCAAAUCCAGCAUUAGCUGCAGCAGCAGCAGCAGCAGCACUACCUGCAACUGCUGCUGCACUCCUUCCUGUUACUGUUGCUCCUCCUGCCCCCGUUACUGCUGUAGAGAUUGCCAUGCAAAAUCAUCUUGCUAAUCUACAGGCAGUACAAGCUGCUGCAGCACAAGCAAAACAAUUAGCAGCAAGAAAAAAGAGUGAAUUAGGUAUAGGUGUAGCAGUAACAGCAAUAGAUGGACGUCUUCCUCCUGCACAAUCUCUUGUAUCAGGAAUUAUUAAUCAUAAUUAUGAAUAUGAUACAUUAGAUAAGACUUGCUUCGUACAAGGAUUUCCUCAAGAGUAUGAUGAGAAUGAGGUAAAAAUGCUUCUUAGUGGUUUAGCAAAAGUUGCUGAUCUACGAUUAUCUACAAACCCUAAUAUACCCAAAUAUGCCAUAGUUGAAUUUGAGACUCCGCAAGAAGCAACGGGGAUGUUGGCAUUAGAUGGCAAAAAUAUCGGCACCUCUGUACUCAAGUAA